AUGUCUUCAAGCAAGUCAUCAAGACCCAAGACUAGUUCCCAACCGACGACUACCUGGAACAGCUUGCCACUUGAGUUGCGCCUGGUCGUUUGGGAAUGCGCUUUGCCUUCGGGCCGAACUCUCGUCAUCGGCUGUCAGCAAUGGUAUAGCAUGGUGGCAAACCGUGCGAUUCUUGUACCGCUAACCUCUCCGUUGGGCAGGCCUCCUACAAUCUCUCACGUCUGCAAGGAGGCUCGCGACGUCGCUCUCAAACAUGGCCGUCCUCGAAGGCUCACAGACAUCAACCUCAACACCUGGUUCGACCCCAGCCGCGACAGGGUGCUCCUGGAGGGCAGCCCGGUGGAACCGAGCUAUCUUCCUUCCAUCCGCCCUCUGAGCCGCGAUGUGGAGCAUCUUAUCUUCCAAGCGGAAUGGACGGUAGACUUUGACGAAGGUGUUACAUGGAUGAUCGGCUUCAACUCGCCUUUCGUGCAGUUUCCGAAUCUGAAGGACUGUGGCGUCAUACGUGUCGGUAAGAAUGGCCGGAAGCCGUGGAAUUUAUUGAAGGGCAAAUGGACUCGGGCCAGGCGAUGCAUGGAGCAUCAGUGGAUGCAGGCACAUCUCCUGUCGCUGUCUCCCAUGACGACCAGGUAUGAUGAUAAAGGAUGCGACUGGCUGGUAUGCGGGGACACGGAGAUCUGGCCAAACGAAGAAUCAAGCAAGGCAUGGGUUCGUGAGCGUGUUGCUAACAUGCCAAGAUUUUGGCCAGUUGAUCUGUUGGAUCAGAAGCAGCUUGGCAUCUAA